AUGAAAAUAAUAAUAAAUUUAAUAAUAUUAUUUUUAAAUUUUAAAUUAAUAUAUUCAGCAAAUCUCUGCGAACAAUCAUGGGAGUGCGGGAAUGUUCCAUACACGAUAUGCGCCAACAAGAUUAAUCUAAUAAAGGGUAUUGCUGUUGAUGAGGAGUCAAAUAAAGUUUUAUUAAUGGGAAAAUUCAAUUCGUCCGAUACUACAUAUGGGAGUGUUUCCGUGGCUUCUAUACCCACAAAUGGGGGGUUGAUUAUAAACGAAUAUAGCAUCAAAAGCGAUGUUACCGUUGGCAGUGGUUUUAGAAAUACCAUUCAACUAUUCAAAUAUCUUCCAAAAUCUAAAUUAUUAUUAACCCAAAGCUCCGAGAGACUUUCCACUGUUGUUGGGAUCUACUCUAAUGACUUUCAUGGUGGGACAUUGACACCACUUUGGUAUCCCAGAGGCUACUCUUUGGCCAUUUAUUUCGACGAGGUAAAUCAAUUAACUUACACAUGCGACUUCAAUGUUAAUGUAUACCCAAAAAUUAUUAAAACUCAAGAUGACCUCUACGGAAGUGGUAGUGCAGGUGCCGUGAUUUUAAAUCAAACGAGACAAUGCAUAGGUAUUUCAAAUAAAUUUAAAAACGAAAAUUUAGGAAAAGAUAAUCUAAUAUUCGCAUCAAUCGAAGAUGGUACCCGUACAAACUUUUUUAUUGGAUCUGCCGAAUGCCCUCUAUGUAAAAGAACCUUUACCUCUUUCUACAACUAUUCUGGUAUUGCCAACGAUAUGUUUAUUUUUAAUAAUAACAUUUAUUUUUCAACAAUUGACUCUGGUAUUGCUAAAAUUAGUUUUGAUAACCCAUCUUCAUCACUAACUUUCAUCACAAAAGAUCCAACAGAUUCUAUUUAUUUUGUAGAGUCUCAAAAAACAAUUUACUAUAUUACAAAUAGUGUUGUUAAAAAAAUUCAUGUAGAAACCAAGCAAUCAUCAAUUUUAUACGACUCCAAAGGCUCAAAGAAUUUAGGUACCUGUAUGUGUGCAGAUGGAUAUACUGGUGAUAGAUGUAACAAAUGUAAUGGAGUGGAAAUGUGGUCAAAUGGUAAUCCUACAUGUGUUAAUAUACUCCAAUAUAAUGGCCUACCUUCGAAGUGUCAAGCCGACUAUAAUUGUAACAUUCCAUAUGGUUAUUGUAAUGGUGGUAUCUGUUCAUGUAGAGAGAAUUUCUAUGGAAUGAAAUGCACCAAAUGUGAUGGGAAGAUUAAAUGGCAAAAUGGAUUUCCAAUUUGUGAAUUAACUUUUAAACUAACCAUAUUUUAA